AUGGGGGCUGCCAGGAGGCUGUGGAAGAGGAAGGAGAGGCUCCCAGAGGUGCCCAACAUCCCAGAGGUGCCAGGAGAUGACCUGAGGAUACCAGAGGUGCCCAACAUCCCAGGAGUGCCAGGAGAGGACCUGAGGAUACCAGAGGUGCCCAACAUCCCAGAGAAGGCAGGAGAGGACCUGAGGAUACCAGAGGUGCCCAACAUCCCAGUGGUGGCAGGAGAGGACCUGAGGAUACCAGAGGUGCCCAACAUCCCAGAGGUGGCAGGAGAGGACCUGAGGAUACCAGAGGUGCCCAACAUCCCAGAGGUGGCAGGAGAGGACCUGAGGAUACCAGAGGUGCCCAACAUCCCAGGAGUGCCAGGAGAGGACCUGAGGAUACCAGAGGUGCCCAACAUCCCAGAGGUGGCAGGAGAGGACCUGAGGAUACCAGAGGUGCCCAACAUCCCAGUGGUGGCAGGAGAGGACCUGAGGAUACCAGAGGUGCCCAACAUCCCAGAGGUGGCAGGAGAGGACCUGAGGAUACCAGAGGUGCCCAACAUCCCAGAGGUGGCAGGAGAGGACCUGAGGAUACCAGAGGUGCCCAACAUCCCAGAGGUGGCAGGAGAGGACAUGAGGAUACCAGAGGUGAGGCUGUGGAAGAGGAAGGAGAGGCUCCCAGAGGUGCCCAACAUCCCAGAGGUGCCAGGAGAGGACCUGAGGAUACCAGAGGUGCCCAACAUCCCAGAGGUGCCAGGAGAAGACAUGAGGAUACCAGAGGUGCCCAACAUCCCAGGAGUGCCAGGAGAGGACCUGAGGAUACCAGAGGUGCCCAACAUCCCAGAGGUGCCAGGAGAGGACCUGAGGAUACCAGAGGUGCCCAACAUCCCAGAGGUGCCAGGAGAAGACAUGAGGAUACCAGAGGUGCCCAACAUCCCAGAGGUGCCAGGAGAGGACCUGAGGACACCAGAGGUGCCCAAUAUGCUAUCAGAUAUUGGGACCUGUAACAUGUAA